AUGACCGAGCUCAAUACAAAGCCAAUUACUGUCUGGCUGACCCCGUCCGGACCCAAUCCUUGGAAGGUCAUCCUGGUUCUUGAGGAACUGCAGGUUCCCUACGUGAUUGAAUCCUUCAGAUUUAACGACGUGAAGAACAAGCCCUACACCGAUAUCUGCCCUAACGGUCGAGUCCCAGCCAUCGUCGAUCCCAACACUAACCUGACACUCUGGGAAUCCGGCGCCAUUAUCCAGUACCUGGAGGAGGUCUACGACACAGAGAAGAAGCUGACUUAUGAAUCGCUUAACGAAAGACAGCUGCUGAACCAGUACCUCCAUUUCCAGAUGAGUGGACAAGGGCCCUACUAUGGCCAGGCUGGAUGGUUCAACGUUCUGCACCACGAAAAAAUCCCCUCCGCCAUAGAACGCUACAAUGGCCAAGUGCGCCGCUUCCUGGACGUAUUAAACACUUGUCUCGAAGGCAAAACCUGGCUCGUUGGCGAUAAAUGCACCUUUGCCGAUUUGUCAUUUAUGCCCUGGAACUGUCGCCUUGACAUGCUGCUGCAGACGCCCCCGGGCGAGGACCCAUUAGCAGAAUACCCCAAUGUGCAGGCCUGGCAUAACCGCAUGGUGGUGCGACCUUCAUGGAAGCGCUGCAUGGAGGUGCAAGAGAAGCUCAUGGAUGAUCAAGGUUUGAUGCCCAAUGGCAUGCCCAAGGGGAUAAACAAUAUCAAAGAGUACGAGGCGCAGAUUGCGCGAGAGGCCGCUGAGAAAGAAGCACAGUAA